AUGUACUAUAGCUUAGAUGCCUGGCAUGCCGAUCAGAGAAACCUCCGAGCCAAUGCCGCAGCCCUGCAGCGCGCUCUUUGCUCUGUAUCGUUGUAUCUUCGGCAAGCCGUUGGUUCGUUCACUCUGAACCCCCGUCGUCGGGCGCUUGGGGCGCGCCAUCACCCGUUGCCUCGCUUGCAAGGGCAGGGAAGAAUGGCAAGGGAGAGCAGAGAGAGAAAAGAGGACGGGUCGUGUGGCUGUCCAAUCCCACACACAAGGGACAGAUCUCUGCCUCUCUUCGUUCGCCGUGCAUCGGGCAUCCAGAAGCGCAUGCUAGGAUCGGGCCGUUUGGGUGGUGUCCACGCAAGAGAAAGACAGAAGAAGCUGGCUAGAAGGGGAAUGCGUGAGGGUGGAUACCAGGACAUGCGCGUGCGCGUGUGUAUGUGUGGGUAG